AUGUAUCUUUUUUUUCCCAUUUCGUUUACUCUCUUCCUUUUCGCGUCCGCAGCAAGCAUUCGAGACGUCGAUGUUGCUAUCGUUGGUGGUGGUUUGUCUGGCCUGGCCGCAGCCAAGGAUGUUGCAAAGGCAGGCAAGACCUUUGCUAUACUCGAAGCUCGUGACCGCGUGGGUGGCCGUGUCCUCAACGCGCAUAUCUUCGGUGGAGAGGUCGAGGAGCUCGGUGCGGAGUUCGUCGGGCCGACCCAGGAUCGUGUGCUCUCUCUCGCAGAUGAACUUGGCCUGACAACAUACUCGACAUACACGACUGGAAAAUCAAUUUUAUACCGAAACGGCACUGUUAAUCCUUACGACGCUGAUCUUGCCACCGGUGGCCUGCCCCCCAUGGGUUCGGAAGCCCAGGCAGAGCUCGCCAGCCUCUUGACAGAGCUUGACUCUUUAGCGAGUGAACUGGACGUUCAUGCGCCUUGGAAUCAUGCCAAUGCUCCAGUGUGGGAUAGUAUGACACUGAAAUCCUUUGUUGAAUCUCGGAUUACUCUGCAAGAUUCACUUGUACUCUUCGAGACCGCUAUUCGAUCUAUCCUUUCCACAGAGACCGAAGAGCCAUCUCUACUGUACAUGCUGUCGUACAUCGCCGCUGCAGGUAACCAAACAAACGUCGGAACAAUCAGUCGUCUUGUUGGUAGCAAGGGGGCCGCUCAGGAUAGCCGUAUUAAUGGCGGCACUCAAUUGUUGGCGACGAGGCUGGCAGAGAGGCUAGGGGAAGCGAACGUCUUCCUGAACUCGCCAGUACGCGGGAUCAAGCUUAAUGGUGCACGGUACACGGUCAAAUCUGACAGGGUGCAAGUGUCGGCCAAACACGUUGUCAUCGCCAUGUCUCCUCCGAUGGCGGGACGGAUUUCUUAUGAUCCAUUGCUACCCGCAGGCCGCGACCAGCUCACUCAGCGCAUGCCUAUGGGUUCCAUCGGCAAGGCUAUCGCAAUCUACCCUAAACCCUGGUGGAGAAAACUAGGGUUCAAUGGACAGGUGCAGAGUGAUACCGGUAUCAUCCGAGCAACAUAUGACAACACCCCAGCUAAUGAGAGCUUCGGUGCUAUCAUGGGUUUUAUCGAAGCUGAUGAGAUGCGAGCCCUUGACAAGGCGGCCAAUGUCAGCCAGAUACGCAUACAACGAUGGGACCUGGAGGAAUUUUCACGUGGUGGGCCUGUUGCCUAUUGUCCCCCAGGUGUUCUUACAAAGUAUGGACUUUUCCUACGGAAACCUGCCGCCAAGAUACACUUCGCUGGUACUGAAGCUUCUCCCUACUGGACUGGAUAUAUGGAUGGCGCCAUUCGCUCUGGGGAACGAGUUGCAGCAGAGAUUAUAGCGGGAUUUUGA